UAUCACGAUGCAGAUGUUUUGCAACUGUUGUGCGGGCAUUACUCAAACAUCGUUGCUAUAACUUUAUACACUGUAGAAACGACAUUUUUGUAACAUUGUUCAGCCGGUGCAGUCCUCGUAAAUAAAUCGAAAAAAAUAGAAAAUGACAAACGUCGACCUCGUUCAAGUUGGAAAGAACUUGUUGAAGAACGGUGACACUGGCGAGAGUGUAGAGCUCCAGUCCCUGUGGCAGGACCAGCCGGUGGUCUUGUUCUUCCUGCGCAGGUUUGGCUGUCAGGUGUGUCGGUGGAUGGCAACAGAGAUCAGCAAACUGGAGCCGGACCUGAGAGCCAGCGGUGUAGCGCUGGUGGGGGUCGGACCAGAGGAGUUGGGGCUGAAGGACUUCAAAGAAGGAAGGUUUUUCAAAGGAUCCAUUUAUGUUGAUGAACAAAAGAAAAGCUACAAGGAUUUGGGUUUCAAAAGGUACACAGCCUUAACUGUGGUUCCCGCUGCUUUGGGGAAGAAAGUACGAGAUGCAGCUGCAAAGGCCAAUGCUGAAGGCAUUCAGGGAAACUUCUCAGGAGAUCUGCUCCAGAGCGGAGGCAUGCUCAUUGUGGCCAAAGGUGGAGAAAAGGUCCUAGUGCACUUUAUCCAGGAUUCACCGGGAGACCACCUACCGCUGGAAGAUAUUGCCAAGGUUUUGGGUAUCUCAGCCAACGCAAAAGCAGGACAGAUGCCAGUGUGCAAUGAUGCGGUUUGUACACGGUGAUGAAGGAGCAGCCUAUUGUACCAGAUGACUAUCUACUCAUCGGGAAGCUCAAAUGGAGAUUUAAGUGGAAUGUCAUCAAAAUGCUCAAGUGAACAUAAAACUACUUUGUGACAGUCACCUAACAUAUUAUUGUAUUAUCUAUCUGUACAGUGAAAGCAACAGUGGUAUUGCCUUUGUAAUCAUUACCUUUUUAAUUAUUAAUGUUUUGAACUUACCUAAAAUUGGAUAUUUAUGAAUUUGCAUUUAUUAUACUCAAUAUAUAUAUAGUUAUAAUAAAGGUUUAAAAUCAA